UUGUUUUUAACCAUCGUUAGGAAGCCUUCCCUCCAACCUUACCUCAACGCAUAAUCAAGCAUUUACAUUCAGCUUUUUGCGUUCACUUUUUCACUUUUUGCACGGUCAAAGUUUUUCAUUAUUGUACACUCUUAACUAUGAUUCAUUUUUCGGACCUAAACAUUUUCUUUGUCUGGAGCUAUGGAUUUUUGUUGACGAGCAGUUCAAUUUUGUUGAAUAAUUCAAACUCUCUUCGAAAGCGAACUUUAAAUAGUGACUUACGCAAUCACAAGGCUUGUGAAUCGUCAGUGGACACGUACAGUGCGAUAGCUUCAGUUGGAAAGGUAUCUGCGAAUUGAGGCUGAUUUAAAGUUGAGUUGUAAGUGACGAGUUGAGGUAGACGAUCGUGUGAAACUAAACACCGGGAACAUCAAUCGUUGAAUGUUGAUUGGAGCUACUAAUUUACAGCUACUUCUUUUUCCUUAUCAUGGUGGCACUACAAGCUCCUAUCAUAAGAAUAACUGACACUGCAUCAACAAGUCUCACAUGAGCCGCUUAAAGCUGUAACUUAAAAGGCUCAUCAAUGUAGAGAUUUUUAUCACCUUUGCACAUGGGUUUUGCAUAGAUUGAACGAUAAAUGUAAGCACUUUUGUCAGGGGAGAUAUGUUUGAGGUUCACGCAAGAAUUAUUUGUCAACCGAAAGUAAAACAUUGAGAGGAUCACUUGCAGCACUAUGUGUCGAGGUCAGGUCGUUACAUUACAUCUCCCUAGGCAUGCUAUUACUUGAUGAUGGCGAAAACUUCCGAAAAUUUUCUUUCCAUUCAUCAGUCACGAUAAAAAUGAUGAAAAAAUAUAACACUCGACUGUUCGUUUUAAUAUGGAUAAAAAACCCUACAAACAGCUUCAACCGGAAUAUGAUGUGAGAGCUUACUGGAGAUCUUCUUGGUGGAGAAUGUUGAUUACUCGACCUUCAUAGCAGUUGUUUCCAUUUAGUGUGAAGUAAAUUUCCUCAACAAUCGAAAAUAUUUGUUUUACUAACACUUUGCUCACACAGUGCUCUUUCUGGGUGUUUGCCUGCUGCUCAGAUGCCGCCGGCCUAUAAUAAAGACAUCUUUUCUCCAUCAGACCAAGCCCAUCAUUUUCUACUAUGUUUUCACCAUUUGUUUAGUUCCGAACUGACAGCAUAUCGAAAGUUAUCCAAAUUUGUCCGUUUGUCCAAACCAUUUUGUCCGAGGUAAAUAAACCACUAUGUUACAUAGAACGCACAUAAAAAUUUGUUAAAUUUGCAUUCUUAAUGCACGCAUUAAUUCAUUUUCUAAAUCAUAAAUAUUACCAUAAAGUGCAUUACACGCUUCCACAAUCUUCCACUAAAUCGCCGAGAUGGAAAAAACGCAUAUAAACAGACGUCAGUCAGUGUAGCAACUGCCCAUUGGAAACACGAGAACUUGUUCGCGUACCAACUGGUUAGUUUCUCAUGAAACUUAUCGGAACAUAUCAUAUUGCUUCAGCAGAUGCGUCAGUUCGUUGGGUGUCUGUACUAUAAAACUGCAUGUCUAGUAGAAGACGUGCUACUGACGAUUUGUUUAAUUGUAGAAGAAAAUUCGCAGAGUAUGGUUACAUAGUGGUAAUUAAGUAUUCGAACGCUCAUUCAAAAUGGAAAAUAUAUUUCCAAAGUUUUGGGUUUUGGUAAUGGCUAUCGCUAUUACGAAACCUGCAGCUUCCAUAGUUUGUAAUAAAGCAACUAGCAAUGUCGAAAAUACUCUUAAACAACAUCUGUUCUGCAAUGGUUAUGAUCCAUCGAUACGGCCUGCUAAAAGUGAAUUCGAUAUGAUCAACAUAACAAUGAUCCCAAUUAUCACUGAUUUUGAUUUCCAUCCAUACCAAAAUACGAUGGAUCUGCAUAUAAUGUAUCGAAUGACUUGGCAAGAUACAUCAUUACAAUGGAAUUCAUCCGACUGGUUCAACAUUACUCUGUUGCGUCCCAACUACGACGAAAUUUGGCUUCCGGAGUUUGAGCAUAUCAAUUCUAAUUUAGAAGGAGACCCGAUUUAUUCCUGUACCAACCCACAUUGUUGCUUGUUGGAAUCGGGACAUUUGAUAUGCCGACCCAAGUGCAGCACAACUGCCAAAUGUUUCCCCGAUUAUUCACGUUGGCCAUACAAUACACUAACGUGUCAGUUGUGGUUCGCGAAUCGUGAUAAGGAACUAGUAGACGAAAUUAACUUUGUUAUGCAAGAGAAAUAUACAAGUAUACACGGGAAUACUGCCAGUUGGUGCAUGACACGGUUUUCGUCAAACAAAACAUUGCUGGAUAUUCCAGGUGCUACCGGACGGAGUGUGUUGUUAUGGGAAUUUGGUUUGCAACACGCUCCUCAUACUGAACUAAUUACCUUGUAUUUUCCUAUGUUUGUGCUCGUUAUGCUGAAUAUUUUCAACUGUUGGUUGCAUUCUCCCGCAGGUGAGAAGACAAAGAUAAUAUUGAUAUCUUUGAUUUGCCAUUUCCAGCUUCUCCAAGAUUUGGUAAUUAAAUCCAGUGCAAUACCCGGCAUAGUGAUGUUUAUAUUAGCAUCGAUGGUAUUAACACUGCUGUUGUUUGUGACCACACUGAUCCUCCGAUGGCUGCACAAUCUACACACAACUCCGCCAAGAAUUAUCAUACGAUCCAUAAGUAUGCUCACAAACAAUCGAAUGAUGUAUUGGUUUCUUCAGACAGAAUAUCUAAGCCUUGGACACAAACCAACUGUCCUAUCGAACUAUAUGGAGCUAAGGGACUGGACACUGAUCGUGAAACUAGUCGAUCGGUGUGUAUUUGUGCUGUAUAUAUUCAUUUACUUGUGGCUCUUCGUCAUGUAUGUGCCCUUGCAGCACGAUAAAUAUAAUUUAAAAUAUGAUCGUGGCCUGUGUUCGGCUUGAAACUGUAUUUUCAUUUUAAUAAAAAAUAAAGUACGACAUCAUCAUUAAUUCCAAAAAUUC